AUGGCAGCACACGGGUUUUGGUCUCUUGGCGGAGAUAAUGCAAGGGACAACGCAGGGAAUCAAAGCCCCAACACGCCCAGGGCAUGGUGCCAGGCGGCGGCCCAAAAAUUAUCCGGAGGCAUUGGAUCGAAAUUAUGUGCUCUGCUCAAUGUUGGAGAGGUGGAAAAAGCGGCCGAGCCCCCUGCCAAAGAACCAGAAACCACGUCCGAGACCUGCUGCUGUAACAAACCGUGCAAUUGUUCCAAAGCGGCCGUCGUUUUCGCCAAUCUCUACUCAACAGACCUCCUACCUGCCUUGGAUGGCGACACAAAAACAAUGACCUUCCUCCAGGAGGUCGUGGAUAUUCUGCUGGCGUACAUCGUGGAGUCGUUUGACAGGGAAACCAAAGUCAUCGACUUCCACUAUCCAAACGAGUUACUCCAGAGGAACAACUGGGGGCUUCAGGACGAACCGGCGACGCUGGACGACAUCUUGAUAAGCUGUCGCGCCACUCUCAAAUACGCCAUCAAAACGGCCCACCCCAGGUACUUCAAUCAGCUCUCUACGGGAUUAGACAUGGUCGGCCUGGCAGCGGACUGGCUCACAUCCACCGCCAACACCAACAUGUUCACCUAUGAGGUGGCUCCUGUCUUUGUGCUGCUCGAAUACGUCACCCUGAAGAAGAUGAGGGAGAUCAUUGGCUGGCAGGAUGGGCGAGGGGAUGGGAUCUUCUCUCCUGGUGGUGCCAUUUCUAAUAUGUACGCUAUGCUGUUGGCCCGCUUCAAAAUGUUCCCCGAAGUGAAGGAAAAGGGAAUGUCCUCUGUUCCCAGGCUGGUGGCCUUCACAUCAGAACAUAGCCAUUUCUCAAUCAAAAAAGGUGCUGCAGCCCUUGGCAUCGGGACAGAGAGCGUUAUCUGCAUCAAAGCAGAUGAAAGCGGCAAAUUGAUUCCAUCUGACCUUGAGAGGAGGAUAUUGGAGGCUAAACAGAAGGGUUUUGUACCCUUCUUUGUGAGUGCGACUGCUGGCACAACUGUGUACGGCGCCUUUGAUCCUCUCAUUGCCAUCUCUGACAUCUGCAAGAAAUACAAUGUCUGGAUGCAUGUGGAUGGUGCAUGGGGAGGAAGUCUUCUUAUGUCCAGGAAACACAGGUGGAAGCUGGAUGGAGUUGAGAGGGCCAACUCAGUAACAUGGAACCCGCACAAGAUGAUGUCAGUCCCCCUGCAGUGCUCUGCCCUUCUUGUCAGAGAGGAGGGUCUGAUGCAGAGCUGCAACCAGAUGCAUGCCUGCUACCUGUUCCAGCAGGACAAACAAUAUGACCUGUCCUAUGACACGGGAGACAAGGCCCUGCAGUGUGGACGCCACGUGGACAUCUUCAAGCUGUGGCUUAUGUGGAGAGCCAAGGGCACCAUUGGGUUUGAGGCCCAGAUUGACAAAUGUCUGGAACUAUCAGAGUACCUGUACAACAAGAUCAAGGACAGAGAAGGAUACGAGAUGGUAUUUAAUGGAAAACCUCAGCACACCAAUGUGUGCUUUUGGUACCUUCCUCCUGGGAUCCGCUAUUUGGAGGACAAAGAGGAGAAAAAGAAACGUCUGCACAAGGUGGCCCCUGUGAUAAAGGCCAGGAUGAUGGAGUAUGGUACGACCAUGGUCAGCUACCAACCACAGGGAGACAAGGUCAACUUUUUCCGGAUGGUCAUCUCAAAUCCCGCUGCUACCUUCGAGGACAUCGACUUUCUCAUCGAGGAGAUUGAACGGCUCAGCCAAGAUUUAUAA